AGUAUACUAGGACAGAGACGGGUAAUGUUCCAUUUUGAUUGUAACGUAUAUUAACGAAUUGUGGUUAUUUUUCUUAAAGAUUUUAUUUAUUAUUUAAUUUAUUGUGCAAUUUAGAACCUAAUUUAUUAUUGAAAACUUUAUAUUAUUGUUUAUUAUUUAAUUGUAUCCCUUCAUUGCUGAAGGAGAUUUCUAAUAAGAGGAAUAUAUGGAGAAUAAUGCUAAGUCAAGAAUGGAAGAAGAAGGAACAAAAUCGUAUCUUCAAGUUCAAAUAGAAAGAUUAAAAGCUUUACAAGCGAAACUUUCGUCGGAAACAGAAGAUAAUUACGUAAUUGUAAAGGAAGAGCAACGUAGCGGGUAUGAUUCAGAGUCGAGCGAGUAUUCAGAGGACUCGGCGGCUUACGAAGAUGUGCCGGCUGCAACCAAAAGCUCUGGGGCGAGGAAGAAUAUCAAUAGGGGGAGGUGGACGAAGGAUGAGGACAAAGUCCUCAAGAUGUACGUGAGGAUGUACAACGAGAACUGGGAGCUGAUAGCCGCUCAGUUCUCAGACAGGUCGGACGUCCAGUGCCAACAGAGGUGGACGAAGGUCGUCAACCCUGAACUAGUCAAAGGCCCUUGGACGAAAGAGGAGGAUGAAAAAGUAAUGGAGUUAGUAGCUAAGUACGGUCCUAAGAAAUGGACACUAAUCGCGAGACAUCUUAAAGGCAGGAUAGGGAAACAGUGCAGAGAACGCUGGCACAAUCACCUCAACCCAUCGAUAAAAAAGACAGCUUGGACCGAACAUGAGGACAGGAUUAUUUACCAAGCUCACAAACAACUUGGCAACCAAUGGGCCAAGAUAGCAAAGUUACUACCGGGCAGGACGGACAACGCAAUAAAAAAUCAUUGGAAUUCGACAAUGCGACGCAAGUACGAGCCGGAAUUGCUAGACAGCUUCGAGAACAUUCGGAAGAAGCAACGCUUGAAGAGAUACGAUGUAAAUGAAGACCGUAGAGAGAAAGUCACUGUCGCUUAUAAUGAUUCAAAUUGGACGGAUCCAUUUAAUGAGUCGACACAGAGCAACUCUUCCAAUACGAGUCAACCUUCAAAGCAAGUGUUACACUUCAGACAGCUGUUGAAGGAUCAGCUGAACAAUCUUCAGCACCAGACACCAACGAGGAAAUCUCCAGACAGAGGGGGUUUGGUCGCUGCAGAUACAGUGGAAAUUGUCGAAUCACCUUUCAAGUUUGUGAACAUAGACACGCUACCGUUAAACUCUCCCAUUAAGAACUUCCUCAGCCAAACGUCGACAGCUGAUAGCAAUGAUCAAAAUACAGUUACAUAUGCUGUACAAGAUUCAGCCAAAGAGAUAGUGGUACCAUCGGUGUAUUCUCCUAAGAAAUGCGACACGAACAGUCCGCCGCCUAUAUUGAGACGAGGAAAGAUCAAGAAACAACAGACGCUUACACCCAACCCUAAUUCAUGGGCUGAAACAAUAUCGAAAGCUCUAGAAGGCGCGACUCCUAUCAAAGCCUUACCGUUCAGUCCAUCCCAGUUCCUGAACUCACCGGCCGGAAUAUCGUUUCCAGCGUUUGAUUCUACACCAUUGCGACAAGCUACCAAUAAGGAGUUGGGAGCUAGUCCGCUACUUCAUACGCCUACACCUGUGAACAUCACGCCUGGAGGCAGUCAGCUUAAAAGCAAUACACCCAAAACACCUACGCCAUUUAAAAUCGCGAUGGCGGAAAUAGGCAAGAAGUCAGGUCUCAAGUACGAGCCGUCUAGUCCCGGUUUGCUUGUGGAGGAUAUCACCGAGAUGAUUCAGAGAGAGGGGAACUCGGAAAGCACUGUUCAGUUGACCGAUUCCAUGUUAUCUUCUACUGCGGAUCAAGAGGCAAAUGUACAGGUGAACGACUCCGGCAUCGGCAGCGGGCGACGCGGCAAGGAGAACGUGCCGUCGCACAAGCGCGCACGGAAAGCGCUCGCGCACAGCUGGGGCGCCGCCACCAGCACGCCGCACGCACACCACGCGCCGCACGCACACCCGCUCGUGCCCGACGUGUCCUUCAUCGUCGAGACGCCGAGUAAAACAUUAGCCGGUGACAGUUCAGUUCUCUUCUCUCCACCUUCGAUAGUAAAGCACUCCCUUUUAGAAGAGUCUACGAGUCUCCACAGCUUAAUGAGUGCAGAGAACACUCCGGAACCAAUGAAAUACGAGGAAAUCGACAUUGAAACGGCUAUCACAGAAAAAACUAAGAUUCGAAGGCUCUCGAGUGAACCGUUGGUUGUGAAGAAGUCAGCGGUGCGUUCUAUCAAAUUCGAUCAAGAUAUACCGGAGGUUGCGAACGAGGAGAAACCUCUUAUAUUGACUGAUAAUAAGUGGGAGACAUUCGCGUGUGGCAAGACUCAGGAUCAACUUGAUUUAACAAUGUUGGCUCACCAAUAUUUAAGGAAAACAGCAUUAAAACCAAGAUCACUCAAUUUUUAAUGUACCUUCAAGUACAUUCAAUAUAAACGACAAAAUGUAAACACUCAAUAUAGAACCUUAUGUGUUAACAAUAAGAAUUAUAAUCCAAUAACAUCACGGCAUAUUGUUUAAACUCUUAUGUGAAUCUACAUAUCGAAAUAAAAAGUAUAUUAUAAAUAAAAUAUCAGGCUGUGCUUGAUAUAGACAAUAGUUAUUUGAAUUUGUUACAUUUAAAGUCAUACUUUGUGAUUUAUUGAUUAAGCUACAAAAAUAGUUUUAUGUUUUAACUUAGAUUCAAAAUAGCAAAAGAAAUAGUAAAAGAAAUUAUGUUAUUAACCGUUUAUUUUAAAAAGAUCUUUUGAAUUGGUCAAUUACAAAGAAGAAAAAUAACUAUUUAAUAAAGGCGAUCACUCUUUUAAUCAUUCGUAUAACCGUAUUGGUUUAUUUUUAAAUGUAACUUAUUUUGUUCAAAUCUUAGGUAAAAAUAAUGUUUUUUUUUUUUUUUUAAUAUAAAUAACAAAGCGAUAAAAAUAUAAAAGAAAGUUAACAGGAAUAUAUAGUUUGUCUUGAAAACUACAAGUGUUUUAGGGAAGAGGUUGAAUUAUAUAUAUAGGCGGAAGUUUAUGAUGGGGCAGGGAUAUAGAAAACCAGCUGAUUGUUCUAGAAGUUUCAAGAUAUUAAAAGAACGUAACGACUUUAAUACAAAAAUUAAUUCUUUUUUUUGAAAAACCUCUAAUUACUAAUAUUAUUAUUAUCAAACGUUCAAAAUAUAUAUUAUAGUUUAGUCUAGCACAUUAGUACUAGAAUAGACUAAAUUAUAAAAUAUAUUUUGAAUUGAAUCAAAUUAAAGAAAAUGUUUUUUUUUGCUGACCGUACUAUUUUUUCAAAGUCUGAGUAAUAAUCGGAAUAUCUUCAAAAUUCAUGCUCCGGUUUUCUGUAGCUAUAAUCGUUAAGGUUGACUAGCCUUCCUGUCAAUAUAUUUAAUUUUCACUAUCUAGUAGAAAAUGACAACAAAAGAAAAAAACCAGAGCUCAUGCUCCAAGUGAUUAUGUAAAUAAAAAUAGUGUGAUUUUAGUUUAUAAAUAUUAAUUUAAAACAAUGCAUAUAUUAAGUGUAUUAUUUAAGUAGCAACGAUUAAAGUAUUAAAAAAAAACAAUGUCGAAAUUAGUUGUUUUAACUAAGAGAAGAAAACUUUACAAUGUUAAAUAAAUAUUUUAUAAGUAUUUAGAGAAUUAUUCAAAAUAUAUUGUCAUAUAAUCAUGGAAGAAAUUUAGAAAAAAUAAUCCAAAAUAUAACCAAAACAAUGUUUUAUGUUAAAGCCUUACUUAUAAAUGUUGUAUAGCGUUGUGAUUAGUUAAACAAUGCUGUGUCUUUUUCUCACUAGUGUAAAAUCGAUAAUGAUAGAAAGAGAUAAAUCAGUGCUUAACUAAACAGUUGCAGCAGCGUUUAUGUGGCUAUAAAUCUUUGACUGGAAUCCAGAUUAUGCAUAUAUCUAACUUUGUAUUUAUUGGAUUGGAAUUGACAAAUUCAAUGGAUACCAUACUUUGUGAAUUGUAAUUAAUUUGUAACUGAAAUUACUAUUAGUAUAAACUUUUAUAUACUUUGUGUGUGUGUAUGUUUGAUACUAUUUGUGUUAGUUUUGCUACAUUUUUUUAGCAUUUCAGAUUUAUAUAAUGACUUUGUAUUUCAAGUUUUUUUUUUGUAAGAGCUUUUUUUUUUAAGAAAAAAAAUUUUGGAUUUCAAUAAAAAACGUUGCAACUUUUGUAAUAUAUUUCUUUUUAGUAAAAAUUUAAAUUUAUAAACUAUAAUAUAUUUGGUUGAUUUUGUUUUGAUUAUUGAAUCAGUCUAUGAGAGUUUAAAACAUCAAAAAAUCUUAAAAAUUGCCGUUUCGAUUUUGAUAAUGUUGGUUUUAUAAAAAGAUAUACUAGUUUAAGUGGAACGUUAAGAGUAAAUUAUGUGUAGAAAGAUUUAAUUAUAGUUUUUUAAGGCAAAGUUUUACAUUGUGACAAAAAUAUUGUAUGUUAUUGUAAAUAAUUUGUUUUAGGAUUGGGGAAAUAAAG